CCCUGUGACUCUGUGACGUCACUCAUCACUGACGUCAUGUGUUGCUAUCAAUUGCUGUGAAUGUCUCACCGUGUUUCAUCCUCAAAAUGGACCGAAGGGAUCGCGAACAAAUAGAUGCGUGCUGCGAAAAUGUUGUGCCCAAAAUCGAUAUGACGAAACUCUUGCCAAAAUUGCUGGAAAACAAAGUUUACAACAGGGAUGAUGUAAACAUUCCACGGUGGAUGAAGAACCUUGAAACGCAAGAUACGGUUAAAGAUGUAUUAACAACAAUUAAAACACGAGGACCAAAUGCAUUUAAAAAUUUAAUUCUUAGCCUAAAACAAUCCGACCAUGAAAAUAUAGCCAAUAUAUUGGAGGGAAGAGAUAACACAAGUAGCACGGGGAGUUUUAGGCAAGAAGAUCCAUUGGAUCAUAUUUGGUCUGAUAAACCUUUGACGAUUAAAGUACGCAAAGCUAUAACGUUCUCAGAUUGUAACUACGAUGUUAUUGAACGAUAUCCUAUGCGAAGUAACCCGCGUGGAUUGGUUUUAAUAAUUACAAAUAUUUAUUACGACGCGCCAUGUGACAAACACAGAUUUUCGGCAAAACAUGACAAAGAUAAUUUGACGAAACUGUUUGAGGAAAUGGGUUUUACAGUCGUUACCUAUGGAAAUCUAAAAGGACAGGAAAUGAGAGACAAAAUUAAAGAAUUUUCAAAAAGAGACGACCUUAGAAAGGUUGAUUCGUGUUUUGUGAUCGUUACGAGUCACGGUACGGAGGAUGAAGAGAGCAACACAGAGAUCCAAGGUACUGAUUAUCAUAGCGCAAGCAAGCAAGCAAACUAUGAGAAAGUUCUAUGCACGGAAGUCUGUGACUACUUUACCACAGAAGCUUGUCCACAACUCGCGGAAAAACCAAAGAUAUUUAUCUUUCAACUUUGCAGAGGAAAGAAAAGACAGAAAGGUGUAGCUCACUGCAGAAUCACUACGGACACCUGUGUAUCUGUGAAUCCAGCGGAUGAACCCGGUCUAGAAAUACCUGUCAAGCAACCUAUUCAAACAAUAAGAAAUUAUUCAGAUAUGCUUGUAGUUCAAUCUACUUUGACUGGACACGUUUCUUAUCGAGACUCCAUAACUGGCAGUUGGUUCAUACAAAUUCUUUGUAAAAUAUUUAUGAAACAUGCUUACGCGAAUCACGUUCAAGAUUUGUUUAACAUGAUUGAUGCAGAGUUGAAACAACUCAGAACAAUGAACAACGAGUGUCAGACAUCGUCUAUACAAUCACUCGGAUUUAACAAGCAUUGCUAUCUCAAUCCCGGCCUUUUCAUGGAAUCGUGACGAAAAGAAAAAAGUAUGAUACCUUAUUGCAUAAGCGAGAAUACGCAAUACUUCUUUCAUACUUGAUUUAUAAAUAUUUUGAUCCAUUUAAUUAUUAGUGUCAUUUUAUAUAAACGACGGCGUAUAAUGUAUAAUCCGUAGUGAUGAGCAGUGUUCCAAUCGUGUACGUAUUCGUAAUCAGAUGAAUGUUCUUAAAGUGAUUUUUUUUCUCGCAUGUUACUCCGCCGCAUUUCCCACAUAAUCACAUAAAGCUAAAAAUGAAUCAAGACAAAAAAAUUAAUACGUGUACAAUGACAUUUUUCAUUCUACGAAUUCAUUGAAGUAAAAGUUGAGACUGAGGAAAAACUUCACAGUAAGGACAUUCAACUGCAGAAUACAGAAUUUUAUACUGUAAAUGAUGACAAACUGUAAUCAUAUAAAUUUUUAUAUAAACCAUA